CAAAGAAAAACCAACAUACCGACAAUCCCUAGCGGCUAAGGAUAUAAAGCCUAAAGACAAAUCGUCUCCUGAGAUCAUUGAACAAAUCACAACAACUACACCUCGGGAGAAAUCGUUUUCCUUGGUGAAAGCUCAACUUGCAAACAUUGAAGCAGAAUUUACAAUGUAUCGAGAGAACAAUGAUCAAACAAUGUCACAGCUAUUCAAGUUGAUAGAAAAGAAAGACGAACAGAUAAACGCUCUGAAAAAUGAUAUUUGCAAGCUAAAAUCGACUGACAAAGAGCAGCAACAAGUUCUCAGUGAUCUCACUGUAGAACACUUAAAAAUGGAACAAGAUAUUGAAGCCUUAAAUAAAAGAUGUCAAAAAACAGAGGAAAAGAACUUGAGCUUGUUAAAAUCAUUAAACAAGAAAGAAAAAGAAUCGGAAUGCGAAGAUCUUUCUUGGGCCUCCAUGUCUGCCAAGACUGCCACCCUUCCACCUUCAGGCAACACCUACACCAUACCCACAUCAAACAGUUAUGAAGCCCUUUUCAAUGAAGAGUGUGAAAACAAUACCAGCAAUGAUACUAAAAAAGAGAACAAAAGCCAAAAACCAACUCCUCAAACAAAAAACCAAGAACCAGAGAACGAAAACCCAGCUAUACCACCACAAAAUCAUACCAAUACUGCGGAAACCAUCAUCUUAUGCGACAGUAACGGACGAUAUCUUAAACCAAAAUUACUCUGCCCAAAUACAACAACUAGCUAUAUUCGUUGUCCAACAUUAACAAAAGCUAGACAAAUAAUCACUACCUUUACUGAUCCAAAAAAUUUUAUUUUACAUUGUGGAACCAAUGACAUCGAACACCUCCAACCUGAGCAAAAUCUUGACAAGGCGAUUGAAGAUAUUGUUGGUCUAGUCAAAGAAAAACAUCCCGAAUGCCGAGUGAUUAUCUCUGGUUUACUUCCAAGAAGAGAUGAACUAAAUAAAAAUAUCACCUCUAUCAACAAUGGAAUAGAAAAAGUCCUAGAAAACACACCAAAUACCUCCUUCAUCCACCACGAAAACAUCAGCACAGAGAAGGACUUCUACGAUAACAAGCACCUUAACGAAAGAGGAGUAAAUUCUUUGCGAAAAACAUUAAGGGUGCUUACUUCAACACAAAGCCAAAGAAGAUGCCCUAUAUAA